GAAGAUUGGUGAGUCUUUGAUUUGCCUAGAAAACGAAAACUAUUCUUUAGAGAAAGCAGAAAGGGAUUUAUGAGGAAUCCAAGAUGAAUUUGGAGCAGGAGAGGCCGUUUGUCUGCAGUGCCCCAGGCUGCUCCCAGCGCUUCCCAACAGAGGACCAUCUGAUGAUUCAUAGGCACAAGCAUGAAAUGACUUUGAAGUUUCCCUCAAUAAAAACAGACAAUAUGUUAUCAGAUCAGACUCCAACACCAACGAGAUUCCUGAAGAACUGCGAGGAGGUGGGGCUCUUCAAUGAGCUGGACUGCUCCCUCGAGCAUGAGUUCAGGAAGGCUCAGGAGGAGGAGAGCAGCAAGCGGAAUAUCUCGAUGCAUAACACCGUUGGUGGGGCCAUGGUGGGGCCUGGAGCUCACCAGCUUGGCAGCACCCGGAUGCCCAACCAUGACACCAGCGUUGUGAUUCAGCAAGCCAUGCCGUCACCCCAGUCCAGCUCUGUCAUCACACAGGCACCUUCCACCAACCGCCAGAUCGGGCCUGUCCCAGGCUCUCUAUCUUCUCUGCUCCAUCUUCACAACAGACAGAGACAACCCAUGCCAGCCUCCAUGCCAGGGACCCUGCCCAACCCUACAAUGCCGGGCUCUUCCGCCGUCUUGAUGCCAAUGGAGAGACAAAUGUCCGUGAACUCCAACCUCCUGGGAAUGCAAGGUCCAAAUCUCAGCAACCCCUGUGCUUCUCCCCAAGUCCAGCCAAUGCAUUCAGAAGCCAAAAUGAGGUUGAAGGCUGCGUUGACUCACCACCCUGCUGCCAUGUCAAAUGGGAAUAUGAACACCAUGGGACACAUGAUGGAAAUGAUGGGGUCCCGUCAGGACCAGACGCCACACCAUCACAUGCACUCACACCCACAUCAGCACCAGACACUGCCAGCCCAUCACCCCUACCCGCACCAGCACCAGCACCCAGCACACCAUCCUCAUGCUCAGCCCCAUCACCAGCAGAACCACCCACAUCAUCACUCCCACUCCCACCUUCAUGCACACCCGGCACAUCACCAGACCUCGCCACACCCACCCCUGCACUCCGGCAACCAAGCACAGCAGGUUUCACCAGCGACACAACAGAUGCAGCCCACCCAGACAAUACAGCCGCCUCAGCCCACAGGGGGGCGCCGGCGAAGGGUGGUGGAUGAGGAUCCAGACGAGAGGCGGCGGAAAUUUCUGGAACGGAACCGGGCAGCCGCCACCCGCUGCAGACAGAAGAGGAAGGUCUGGGUGAUGUCACUGGAAAAGAAAGCAGAAGAACUCACCCAGACAAACAUGCAACUUCAGAAUGAAGUGUCCAUGUUGAAAAACGAGGUGGCACAGCUGAAACAGCUGUUGUUAACGCAUAAAGACUGCCCCAUAACAGCCAUGCAGAAAGAAUCACAAGGAUAUCUAAGUCCAGAGAGUAGCCCUCCUGCAAGCCCCGUCCCCACGUGCUCUCAGCAGCAGGUCAUCCAGCAUAACACCAUCACCACUUCCUCGGCCGUCAGCGAGGUGGUAGGAAGCUCCACCCUCAGUCAGCUCACCACUCACAGAACAGACCUGAAUCCGAUUCUCUAAAAUCCGAGGGUCAGACCUUGCCUCCAAGGAGAGCUGUCGCAUAUCCUGCGUCCUUUGUUUUAAGGGCAUUUUUAGAAUUAACUCAGACCUGGAAGACUCCUCAGCCCUUCAAAGACUGGCUUUCAUUUUUAUAGUUAUUAUGGAAAUGUUGUCUUUUAUACUUAGUUAUAUAAGCAAAAAAGGGAGUUAUGCAAUUAAUAAUCUAUCAGCUUGGGAAAUGCUUUGGUGCUUUUCUCCAAUUUUCUGGUACCAGUUACUUGUUUAUAAACUGAACUCUUUCUGUAUAUAGUCAUGGUUUCAUUCUUAUCAGUCCAACCCUUUGCCUGAAACGUUGAAUCUUGUUAAACCACAGCUUUUAGCCAAAAUGAGGCGUACCUAGAUGUCCAGUAUACAGACUGCAAGGCAACUGGGGGAGAAGUCUGAUGAUGUCGUAGCUUAUGUUGAGUUGGCGCUAUGAUGUCACCAGAAUCCCAGAUAAAUGGAGAGCCUUUUCCACAACCCUGUUUCUCUUACUAUAAAAAAAGUAUAAGCUCCAUUGAUGUCCAAAUAAAAUCAGCAAGCAUCUCACCACCUCUCCUUCUACUCUUGGUCCACUUCCUUGAAUGCCCAAUUUUCCUUUCCAUUUCCACUUUUAUCUGGGCUCCCUAUUGACUCUUUAUUUUUACUUCCUUCUGUUUUAUUUUUUCCCCUUUAACGUUGCAUGUAAAGAAGAAAAUAAUGUUUAAAGGAAAAAAAAAAAAGCUAAUGUGGACCUAGCCAUGGCUUCCCUUGCCCCUGACCCAUUCAACUCUUGCUUUUUACAAAAUAGUAACUGGGAGAUGUUUAAUGUGCCUGGUUUAAUGUUUUUAAUGAUCAGAGCAAAUAAAAGGUGGCUUAGCUGUAGGUGAAGCACUGUUGAAUGCCAGCUGUGGAGACACUAGGGAAGGGAGCUUUAUAAGCCUCAAUUGUGAAAGUCCAAAUUAUGAUGCAGGGCUAGAAUAUCAUACCCUCGAAUUACAACUGGUUUUAUAUGGCCUGUCUAUAACGUUGAAAAUCCAUGUACUAUAUAAUAAUUCAGAAGGGCUCUAUUCACUACACAGAUUACAUUGUUCAAUCAUUAGCUGCUAAUAGCCUAAGAUAUAUUAUUAUUUUUUUCUUAAGCAAUGGAACCGUCUUUGCUGUUCUGGUGGGUGAAAGUAGACAAACUACUGGAGCAAUAGAGAGAGAAAGAAAACCUAAUGUUUCCACAGAGGUGCUUUCAGCCCUCCCACAGCAUUUAAAGCACUCUGGCUGCUCAAAGUAUCCCCUGGAUAUGGCUACUCCACUCUUCUGAAUAAUUCUGAUUUAUACUUUCAGCAACUUUCCUGGACUUGCCCAUUAUAGAAAGCAGACAGUCCGAACCACAGUUGUGCCUCCUUGAAACAAGCCAUUCUACUGUGCUAAGGUUUUAAUAUCACAUCUCACAAAUAACUGGGGCUAAUGUUCUUCUCUAGUGGUCUAGGCAGGUGCUGGUGUUUCAUCUCCAUUUGAAAGCUUGACCUCCAAACAUGAGUGUGUGUGUGUGUGUGUGUGUGUGUGUGUGUGUGUGUGUGUGUGUGUGAGAGAGAGAGAGAGAGAGAGAGAGAUAAUGGGAUAUAAAAAAAUAGUAUUUUACAAAAGGUGUAGCUUUUAUAAGAGUUCGGAAAAGGGAAGGAUGUGUUUUUUUUUCUCUCAGUAUAGUGUAAGAAUCUAUUUUGGAGAAAAAAAG